AUGAAAGACAGAAAAUGGGAGGAAAUGUCGACGGAUUGUUUGGUUAAUAUUUUUGGUAGACUGGACAUGAAGUCAAGGCUACUAGACAUUCCGGGUGUGUGUAAAACAUGGUACCAGGCAGUUCACAAUCCCCUCUGCUGGCAACAACUCGAUUUUAGUGAUUUUACUAUUCGUCAUUACCGAGCGGAGCUGUUAAAAAUUGUUGUCAAGCUUAGCCAAGGAUGUGUCACAUCGCUCGUGCUAUCUCAUGAUUCUACCAAAAAGGACCUAAUAUAUCUCUCCAAGGCAUGCCCUGCUUUGAAGACUUUGGAGCUGAUUGGAUACUAUACCUUGCCCUCCUCUAAAAAUUAUCCAAGUUUUGAAGGCAAAUGGAAGAAUCUGGAAUUCAUAAGCCUUCGUGUUUGCUUAUGUAUUCCAGAACUGAUUAAGCAUAUUUUCAUUUAUUUGCCUAGUUUUACUGGUCUUAGUAUUGUAGGCGGUGAUGUGGAUGGCGACACAGCUUCCAUGAUUGUGUCUCUGAUACCAAAACUCAAGCAUUUGACUAUUAAUAAUGCUGAUCUUGAAAAGAAAGACCUGUUAAUAAUAUUGCGGGGAUGCAGAGAACUUGUGUUUCUUGAUGUCCGAGACUGCAAUGGAUUUGAUGAGGACGAUGAAGAGAUUCUGCAGCUUGCUUCUGCUAUUAAGACCUUUUGUUGUGAUGGUUCAACAACAGAACAUGACUCCACUGAUGGUUCUGAUUUGUAUUAG